UGUCUGUCUCUGUGUCGCCGCCGCCUCCCGGCACGGCACGGUGGAGCUGGGGCCCCCUUUCGCCUGGGAGUUUUGUAGUCGUCUGGGGUCAGCGGUGACAUCCCAAAGGGCAGGCCCGGCAGCCGCCAUGGUGGCCAAGGAUUACCCCUUCUACCUCACGGUCAAGAGGGCGAACUGCAGCCUGGAGGUACCCCCGACCAGCAGUCCGGCCAAGGACGCCGAGGAGCCUAGUAACAAACGGGUCAAACCCCUUUCCAGAGUCACGUCACUAGCAAACCUCAUCCCACCUGUGAAAGCCACACCCUUAAAGCGCUUCAGUCAAACCCUGCAGCGCUCCAUUAGCUUCCGCAGUGAGAGUCGCCCUGACAUCCUCGCGCCCAGGCCCUGGUCCAGAAAUGCCGCCCCCUCAAGCACGAAGCGGAGAGACAGCAAGCUUUGGAGUGAGACCUUUGAUGUGUGCGUCAAUCAGAUGCUUACAUCCAAGGAAAUCAAACGUCAGGAGGCAAUCUUUGAGCUUUCCCAAGGAGAAGAAGACUUGAUAGAAGACUUGAAAUUAGCAAAAAAGGCCUAUCACGACCCCAUGUUGAAACUCUCCAUCAUGACAGAACAAGAGUUGAAUCAGAUUUUUGGAACACUGGACUCUCUCAUUCCUCUACAUGAAGAGCUCCUUCGUCAGCUUCGAGAUGUUCGGAAGCCUGAUGGCUCUACUGAACAUGUUGGUCCCAUCCUCGUGGGUUGGCUGCCUUGUCUCAGCUCCUACGACAGCUACUGCAGCAACCAAGUAGCCGCCAAAGCUCUGCUGGACCACAAAAAGCAAGAUCACCGUGUCCAAGAUUUCCUACAGCGAUGUUUAGAAUCCCCCUUUAGCCGCAAACUGGAUCUCUGGAAUUUCCUUGAUAUUCCAAGAAGCCGCCUAGUGAAAUACCCUCUGCUUCUGCGAGAAAUUUUGAGGCACACACCAAAUGAUAAUGCAGAUCAGCAGCACCUGGAAGAAGCUAUAAACAUCAUUCAGGGAAUCGUGGCAGAAAUCAACACCAAGACUGGGGAAUCUGAAUGCCGCUAUUAUAAAGAGCGGCUUCUUUACCUGGAAGAAGGCCAGAAAGACUGCCUGAUCGACAGCUCACGAGUCUUAUGUUGUCAUGGUGAACUGAAGAACAACAGAGGCGUGAAACUACAUGUUUUCCUGUUUCAAGAAGUGCUUGUGAUCACUCGAGCCGUCACCCACAAUGAGCAGCUCUGCUACCAGUUGUACCGGCAGCCGAUCCCUGUGAAGGACCUCUUGCUGGAAGACCUGCAGGAUGGAGAAGUGAGGCUGGGAGGCUCCCUUCGUGGGGCAUUCAGCAACAAUGAGAGAAUUAAAAACUUCUUCAGAGUCAGUUUCAAAAAUGGAUCCCAAAGUCAGACCCACUCGCUACAAGCCAAUGACACCUUCAACAAACAGCAGUGGCUCAACUGUAUUCGUCAAGCCAAAGAAACAGUUCUGUGUGCUGCGGGGCAGGCUGGAGUGCUUGACUCUGAGGGACCAUUCCUAAAUCCCACCACCAGGAGCAGGGAGCCACAGGGAGAAACAAAACUUGAGCAGAUGGACCAAUCAGACAGUGAGUCAGACUGUAGUAUGGACACAAGUGAGGUGAGCCUCGACUGUGAGCGCAUGGAACAGACAGACUCUUCCUGUGGGAACAGCAGGCACAUUGAAAGCAAUGUCUGACAGAAGCAUGUGUCCUUCCUAGAAGUUGCCCUGUGUCUUAUGUGUACAGUAUUUGCAUUCCACAUGUGGAACGGUUUGGAGAAGCACUUUUUAAUACUUUUGUGACUGUGUUGGCCCAGUCUCUUGUAUCUGUACCUUUGUGUUCCUAGUACUGUAACUGCCAAUCAAUCUGUUUAAGCUGGAUUUCUGGCAACCGUUAUCCUGUAUUGUAUUUGACAAGUGUCUCAAUGGAUGGAGAGGUACUUGAACAAGUUAGUUUCAAUUGUCCUGCUGGAUUUUAAAAAAUAGAAAGAAAAAGGAUCUCUAAACUACUGUUUUAUGUAGAUUGCUUGAAGAGUCCUUCCUCCUGUACUUCUCUAGUGCUUUUCUAGCUCUUUGACAUGGUAGCUGAAGACAUGGAAUUUAGAGGGUCUUGCAAACAGGGUAUAAGGAAUUCUCUCAAGUAUCAGGAUGGCAUUUUAGGGUAACCGGGAAAGAUCAACCCUGCAUGUGAACUUGGUUCAAUGUUAUUCAACCAGAAAUUGUGAAAACAUUCUGAAGGCUUAAUUUUGCAAAGGAGAAAGCAUUGUCUGAACCUUGUAAUUUCAUCCUGUGCAAGUUCAAUACAAUAAUCUAUUAGGACAUGAAAUAGAGGCCGACCUUAAAAGGGCCAGGAUAAAAGCAGCUGCCAGUUCUGAAUCUCUAACUGAAAUGCGCAUGGCACUAGGAGUGUCUGUCAUAGUUGGUGGCUUGCCUUAGCCAUUUCUAUCCUAAAACAUCAGAAUAGAACCCAAAGGGCCUGGGAAAACCUGCCAGGAUAAAGAGAAGGCACUGUCUUCAUUUUGUUUCAUUUCCCUAGGCCUACUCAUAUUUCAGAGCAUGAAUGAAAUGACGAGAAACAGAGACUAUGACUGUGUCAGUGAUGCUGUUUACAGAAAUAUGAGAGGAAGAAUUUGGAAUGAGAAGCACUUCGUCAAGACCUUCUGUGGGAACCAUUUAAAGAGAAAAACAUGGUCCAGUGCCUUCUGAGAAAGGCCAGAGCCUUGGGUUUUCCUGCUCUGCUUUGGGGUCAUCAGUUUGCUAUCUCUGGUUUUGUGCUGUAAUUAGAAUCACAAUUACAUUUUCCAGAGGCCAAUUUCAUUAAUUCUAAUUAAUUAGGAUCAGCUAGCCAAACUAGUGACCUCUUUGUCCAGCCUUGAUUUACAGUGCAGUGUGGGGUGCAGACCUUUAAAAAAGUUAACUAAAUAUGCAGAAAAGCUCCCUGUGAGUGUAAAUACUAAGGAUGACCUGAGCAAAAUUAUACCCA